AUUUACACUAUGAAUCCCUAUUCUACAUCCGAUAGCCCUGCUGAAAACAUAUCUAGAGCUCUGGAGCAUGAGUUUUUAACCAUGACUGGAGAAUUCAAAAUUGAAUACUGUGGUUCGGAGAAAGGUAGAACAAUAUUUAGUAUUCGCUGCACUGUGCUACGCAAAAUUACCAAGGAUCAAGUGAGAAGAAACAUAUAUAAAAUUUUAAAAACAUCACAGACAUUACAUAACUUUGGAAUUCAGAAAAAUAACACGGAAUUGAUAGGUGAAAUGCAUUGUAAUGAGAACACAACAUCAACUAACAAUCAUACUUUCUUUUGGCCAAUGACAAAAGUAGGAACUACUGCGGAGAUUACAUGUGGUACAAAUGUAGCAACAAGGCUCUGUUCUUCCACAACGGCAGUACUUCUGGAAAUGCCAACAAGCCAAACUAUGACAUCACCACAGUGUUCGCCAUUUACUGGUAUCUGGGAAGAACCAGACAUAUCUCGGUGUUACAAUACAGAAUGGAUCACUCGACAACUAAAGGACAUUAAAAGCCAAGACAUUGAUAAACGUAAGAAGCAAUUGUGUUUCGAAAUAUUCCUACACUAGGAGUAGUAGUUGUAAUAGUAAUAGGAGAAGCGGUGUAGUAUCACUAGCAGUAGUUUCAUACCACACCAGUUCCAAUACAGCAUGCCUGUGGUCAAAGGUGCUCCACCUAUGACCUUCCCAUUUUUCCUAGCAGUGUAUAAGCAACACAGUGUGUGUCCCUUUUGUAAUAUAGCAGGGUGUAAUUUGAGUGGAAAUUUGGCUGCUAAUUCUUGUAGGGCAACUGACCACAAAGGCUUUUAGCAAACAAAUUGAUAGGUGUUAGUUGUUUUGAGAUAAGAUGGGUGAUAUAGAGUAUAUGGCGUAGUGGUUAAGAGCUCGGUAUACUAACCCCAAGAUUCCGAGUUCGAUUCCAGGCAGGGACCUGAAUAAUAAUAAUAAUAAUAUCGAAAAAUACCUUAGGAAUGAGAACCCAGGUUCGAAAUUUCCGCAAGACACCUGAUGAAGGCUGGAGAGUAUAUCAGCUGAAACGUUGUGUUAACAAAUUUCCGUUGUUAUAUUUAUAUAUAUUCUAUUUUUACGAAAGUGUCUUAUUUAAUUCCAUUCAUCUACUUCACUAUCUCUCCAUUCUGCUUUCUUCUCACUCUGUCUCAUUGCAAUCACCUUCCACAAUUUGGGAUUUUAUCAAAGAAUCUUAUUAGUCAGUUCUCCGAUGAAGUCAUUACUCAAUCUGAAAUGUUAUGAUCUUAGCUGAAAGAUUUCUUACUUGGAAAACUUUAAGUCCCGGUUUCAGAUUCAAAGUAGAGACUUCCUGUGUAUGCGUUCACUAUAUUGCUAAAUUUUCUGUGGCUUGUAUUUUUUAGUAAAAAUAUUUCUCUCUUUGUCCGUAUUUCAUAUGUGUACUUUUUAACACCAAAGAUAAAGUGGAACGACUAACAAUUUGGGGGAUUUUAAUUGUUCCUCAAAAGUCUAACUAUUCUCUUUGAACUAUGGAUUUGUCUGAUAUUAGGAUCGCGUAUUUUUUGCUUAUGAAUAAUUAGUCUAGUUCUCAAGUUUCAUUUGUAUUAGUAAUUUUACUCCCACUCAUUACACUAAGCAACAAAAUACACUAAACAACAAAUACACUAAACAACAAAAUAACU